AUGGCACCCCCCACGCUUUCCGCGAUUGACGCGGCGGCUGCGGGAGAGCCAUCGGCGACGGAGCCGUGCCUGGUGGGCACGCAGGUGAUCGAGCUUCCGUCGGAGGUAUUCACUCUAGAGGACCCCAGCUCGCUCUUAUCGCUCGACACGUGGUACAACGUGCUUGACGACGAUGAUCGCGAGCGCCUCGCGCGCUUCCUUCCGUCGUCGGAGCGCGCGGAUCCGUCGGAGCUUCUCGAGCAUCUGUUCGAGAACUCCGCGUUCCACUUCGGCAGCCCCGUGCAGGCGUUCUGGGGGAAGCUGACGGCGGGGAAGUUCCACCCCGCCGUCGAGCUGCUCGCGCGCAGCGUGCGCGUGCUGCAGCGCAAGCAGCACUACCACGACGUGCGCCGCUACCACGACGACAUGGCGCGCGGGCUGCGGGACAUGCGCGCCGUCUGGCAGCAGCUGCCCGACGCCGACCUCUCGCAGCGCCUGCAGCUCUGGCGUGAUGUUAAAGCGCACGGCGGGCUGUCGGCGGCGGGCCGCGCGCGGCUCGCGAAGAGCGGGUCGGAGUCGCAGCUCGCGGCGGACGGCGCGAAGCGGAAGGAACCGGAACCGGACGCCGACGCUGCCUUGGCUUUGCGCGGCGACGACAGCGGACGCGCCGCGAAAAGAGCUGCGCUUGACGAGAAGCCGCUGGAUGCGCAGGUUGCGUCGGGAAGCGAGUUCAAUCACGCGAGUCAACUGAGUCAAUCCAGCCAGCCCAGUCAGCCCAGUCAGCCCGAGGGGUCACCAACGGAUAUCGGGUUUUCCAUCCGCGCGCUGCUGGCGGCGGUGCGGGACGUGCUGAUGCAGAGCCGCGGGGAGGGCGGCGGGAUCCUUGGCGACGAGGCGACGUUCGCGUGGAUGCACUCCGCGGACAUCGUGCAGCGCGUGCGCGAGCGCCCGGGCGACCCGCGCGCGCUGCGCCUGUCGCUGCGGUUCGGCGAGCUGGUAAUCACGGCGCUGAAGGUGCUGCAGACCAAGGCGCCGCCCGGCACGCGGCUGUGGAAGCCGUUCGUGCAGUCGCGGCGGCAGGGGUCGGAGUGGGCGUGGUGCGGCGCGGUGACGGACGCCAUGGAUCCGAGUCGCCCUGUGAACGCGGACCCGCUGAGCUGGGGCAUCGCGGAGAAGGGGCUUAGUCGUUUGGAAGAGCGGUUCGUGAAGAUGCUGCAGGACGCCGGCUCGCUGCCGCUCCCGCUGCCGGACGCCGCUUCUGCUAAAGACUCUGCCGCUGUUGCUGCGGGCGCGGGCGGUGCGGGUGGUGCGGGUGCGGGUGCUCCGCCUGCUGAUGCGCCAUCUGCGCCUGCGGAGGGGAAGGGGCGCGCGGUGGCGGGGAAGGCGGAGGAGAGCAGUGGGGUGAGCGGCGCAGCGGCGGGGGGCGGGGGAGAAGGCGCGCGCGCGGCGCCUAGGGACGGCGAAGAGUCGCCGCACCUGCCCGCACUCUCGCGCUCGCUGGUCAACGAGCCGCGCGCCCCGUUCAGCCAGCUCAAGAGCCAGGUGCUCUUCAUGCCGUGGCAGCACUCGACCCCUCCAUUCCGCACCUCAUCGCAUUUCUCUCCCCUCCUCCUCCCUCCCCCUUCCCACCUUCGCCUCCCCUGCACCGGCCCUCCCCCUCUGCGCCUCACUCCCACCGCCGCUUCUCCCUCCCCCCCGCAGGUGACCCUCCCGCCGUCGUCGGCGCACAUGCGCGCGCUGUUCCAGUGCGAGGAGCGCCUACGGUACGAGAUCCCCUGCCACGCCUUCCGCUACACGGCGACGGACGGCGGCAAGGCCAUGGUGGCGCCCGUGGUGCGCCACGGCGCCAAGGCCGUGGCUAAGGCGAGAGAUCACGCCAUGCUCAAGCUGGAGCGGCCGCCCCACGUGACGAUUCUGUCUCUUGUGAGGGAUGCGGCGGCGCGGCUGCCGAAUGGGAUUGGGACCCGCGCGGACGUGUGCACGCUGUUGAGGGACUCGCAGUACUUUGUGGCCGAGUCCCCCGAGGCACAGGUGAACCAGAUAGUGAGUGGAGCCAUGGACCGCUUGCACUACGAGCGCGACCCGUGUGUGAAGUACCUAGCAGACCGCAAGAUGUGGCGCUACCUGCACCGGCACCGCGUGGCUCACGACUUUCUCCCUGAUGGCACCGUCUCCACGCGCCAGUGGGCCCGCAAGAAGGGCGCGGGAGGGGGCGACGGUGAUGCUGGGGAUGCGGUUGGUGCUGGUGCGGAUGGGCCUGCCCAUCAGCUCCUGCGACAGUCUGGAAUGAUGAAACCGGGUCCAGUUGCUGGGCCUGGGGGAAAUCUUGCUGCUGCGGCUGCUGCAUCUCUCGCUGCCUCGUCGUUGGCUGCUGCGGUGGCCGCUGCCGCUCCAGCUGCUGCUGGCGCCGGCACGGCCACUCUGAGUCCGCAUGUGGCGGCGCCUGCUGGCGCUCGUCAACCCGUGCCUCGCUCCAUGGCUGCUGCGGCUGCUGCGGCUGCUGCUCCCACGCGCCCUGACUUCGCGACAGGAAGCCGACCUGGUGCGGGUGCGCAGGGUCUCAACCUCAACUCGGGGCAGCAUGACAGGGGGCAUGGCAGGAGGCGUGCCAGGGGGUAUGGCAGGGGGUAUGGGAGGGGCAUAGCAGGAGGCAUGACAGGGGGUUUGGGAGGGGGCAUGGCAGGAGGCAUGGCAGGAGGCAUGGCAGGAGGCAUGGCAGGAGGCAUGGCAGGAGGCAUGGCAGGAGGAGGCAGCAUGGCAGGAGGAGGCAGCAUGGCAGAAGGAGGCAGCAUGGCAGGGGGUAUGACGAUGUCAGGUCAGUCUGGCAGCGCCAGUUUGCAAGCAGGGGGAUUCUUCCCUGCAGAGGGCAUGUUUGGGGAGGGCAGAGGAGGCGGCAGGCUACAUGGGCUGGGCAGCAGCACGCAGGGCAGGGAGCUGCCCUUUGCUGCAUCCUCGUCCUCCCCUCGUGUGCUUGGUUCUGCUGCUGCCGCAGCACUUGCUGCCAGAGGCGUGCUGUCCCCUGCUGCUGCUGCUUCCAUGGGUGUGUCAGCCGCUGGUGUCAACUUUGAACAGGCUGCUGCGCGUGCAGGAAACAUGGGGCCUGUUCAUGGUAACCGCCUGGUUUCUAACGAUGGAACAAAUAAUUUUACCCAGAUGGGUGAAGCAGGGUUAGGGUUGGGAGGAGCCAACGAGUCCAUAGGGCAGCCCGAGUUGGACUUUGGGCUCAACAAUCUCUCGCAACACAGGAUCUCAUCGAGCAACGCUGGCAUCACCAAGCAGUUCUUUUAG